CACUUGCCAGCCAACAUUCAGCCAGGUUACAGUAUCGACAUGGUGGUGCCGCAGUCGUGGGCUGUCUGGUGCGUCUCGGCAGUCGUCAUCAGCCUGGUCAGCAUCGCAGUGAGAUGGUGCUUCCAUCGAAGCCGCUACUUCCAACUGGGCGAGCGGGUACCCGGUCCUGCUGGGGUACCUCUUCUUGGCAACACUUGGCAAGUGGUCGCGCGCAGGGAAGACAUCUUGAGAUACUUGAAGGAGAUGCGCGAACGCUACGGUGCCGUAGCUAGAUUAUGGUUUGGACCAGUACUUUUUGUUGGGUUUACGGACCCAAAGGAAAUAGCAGUAAUAUUAAGUAGUAGCAAAACAUUAAACAAGCCAAUGUUUUACAAAACCCUUAACUUUGUUUUCGGCAAUUCGUUGCUUACUGCCGAAAGCGAAGAUUGGAAGAGAUACCGUAAAAUCUUAGACCCUGCCUUCAGGAACCAUAUCAUCGACUCAUACGUCAGCACGUUCCACGAGAAGAGCCAGCGGUUGGCAGACCUGCUGGAGGAGCACAGCGCGGGAGAGCCAAUCAACAUGGCUGACCACAUCAUGCCCUGCGCUCUGGAGAUGCUCUCUGAGACGAGUCUGGGCGUGCCGAUGGACAUCCAAGGUAAAAACCACAUUCACAGUGCUGUUGAAAACUUUCCGAAACUUCUUGAAAUGGCGUCUUAUGUUUUUAUCACGCCUUGGCUGUGGUUUAAGUGGACUCUUAAGUGCUAUCUAAUUUAUUAUAAUAAUACUGCAUUAGUCACACCCAUUCGUAGUUUUGUGACUAGUAUAGUCAAAGAUAAGAUGGAUUUUUUUCUUCACUCAAAAAAUAAGGUCACCCUUGAUCUCAAAGACAUUGACACACCGAAGCAACUUGGGUUUCUGGAACAAAUAGUAUCAACUUUGGUAGAAAAUCCAGAACUAUUAAACGAAGAGGAACUAAAGGACCAGGCCAUGUUCGUUAUCGCAUCUGGCACAGACACUACAGCCUACACUGUAGCCACAACCUUGAUGCUGCUGGGAUUACAUCAAGAUGUGCAGAGAAAAGUCUUACAAGAGCAAGAAAUUAUCUUCGGCGAAGAUAUGAGCCGAUCCGUCACGGCAAAAGAUCUGAAGGAGAUGGUGUAUCUGGAACAAGUUAUCAAUGAAACUAUGAGGCUAUAUCCCGUGAUCCCACUUGUAGCGAGAAGGGCUGACGAAGAUGUUCGUGUUAACAGCUACACUUUUCCAGCAGGCACUAUUUUCGUAAUCCCAAUUUAUCUGGUGCACAGGGAGUCAGAUUAUUUCCCGAACCCGGACGCAUUCGAUCCUGACAGGUUCAGCAGUGAGAAUAGUGCCAGCCGCCCUGCUUCUUCAUUUAUUCCGUUCACUUACGGUCGCAAGACGUGCAUUGGCAAGCGAUAUGCUUACAUAGCAAUGAAGACCAUGUUGUCAGUGCUGCUGAGAAGAUACGAAGUUCUGGAAUGUGGCUCCAGAGAAUACAUAGAGUGUUUUAAAUAUAAUUUUUUUUUUAAAUUCCAAACUGGCCAUAAAGUUAAGCUGGGACCGAGGAUGAAGUGAAUAGCGUAUACAGUUGUGUUAUGUGUAAUCAUCUUUGCUCUCGGUAUGCGGCCUUUUGCAGUAGUAUUUUCGUGAAUGGCACUGACCUCUAACGAACGUAAAUGUGUAACCACAGUGCUGAGUCAGCAAGAAAGUCUCAUAAAUCUCGAAAAGACUACGGACCCUCGUGAUUUAUCCGUCUGUAUACAUAUACUUUAGAAUUAGGUAAUAAACAUGUGCAAAUUAAUAGCAGAGUCAAAAUAAAAAAAAUUAAAUUGAUCGCUACAAGAAUAAAAUAAUUAAGGAUAUGUUUAACUGCCCGUUACUUAUUAAAUAUAGGUAAUAAACUCAUGCAGCAUCUCUAGAAAAAUUCACCUCAAAACGCCAUAAUUAUAAAAAAAACUUACUGCAGUACCCGGCGUUGCCUGGGCUGAACACAGGGUAAUAUAUUUUCCGCGAGUUACGGCAAAAUAUAUAGCGCAUAUGACAGUGUGGUGGACUGAAUGAACAUUGAAAUUACUAUAUUUUUAAACAAUUUUUCUAUGUAAUUGAAAUAAUUAAAAAUAAUUUAAACUCAUACACGGGGUGAAAGCGAUAUAUGACAGUGUAGUGGAUAAAAAUAAAUGACACAUAAUUACUGCUUGUGUGUCUAUGACUUAUGAUUUUCUGUUUACUCAUUGCAAUCAUUUGAAAGUUUUAUAAGUUGAUGCCCUAGAGCGCCAUCUAGUGAAGAGGUAUUACAAAAUGGAUACCGCGUAAAUAUCCACCGUGUUAAAAUUUUUAUUUAUACAAAUUUUAAUGGCCAUCCGUUGAACAGCUUAGAAGUUAAUGCGCUGCUGUGCCAUCUAGCGGCUAGUUGCAAAAAAUGGAUAGCGUAAAAAAAAUUAUCCAUGAAAAAAACUUCUAUGAUACAAAUUUUAUGGCAAUCGGUCAAACGGUGUCGGAGUUUAUCGACGUUAUACAUAUCAACAUCCAAUUUUAUAUAUAAUUAUUUAUUUAUGUUAAUUUCCCUUAGAUUUUGGGAAAGUAAGUGAUUUGUGUGUGCGAGAAUUGCAAAUAAUUUAUUAUUUAUUACUAUUGCAUGUUCCAUUGUUUUAGCUAUUGUGUUUUUACCAACGAUAAUGUUUUGUGUUUAUUACCCAAAUUAACGAGGUAAGCGGUAUUUAAACUUAUCCUAUUUUUUUUAUAGUCUUGUCACGAGUGAAUUUUGUUUUUUCUUCUUUUGACUCUGACAUUAAUUUGCAUGUAUUUAUUACUUAAUUCUAAAUUUCAUUUUAAGUUUAACAUGAAAACUUUUAUGGCUUUCUCUAUUGUCACUUUUUUUAAAGAUCUCUUUUUUUUCCCAAUCAGAAUGUAGACUAACUGCAUUAUUACUGUUCCGAAACUACGUCUUGGUUUAGAUUCGGUUUUGGUUUGGUUUGGUAAGGUUACCUGUAUUGUUUCCUUGUUAAAAAGAAUCAUACUUAUAUAUUAAAACAAGGAUUUUUUUC